GUUGCUGGGCUGUGCGGGUCCCAGGGGUCGCCAGGGGGCACAUCACCGUCAGGGGGGAACGUGGCGCGGAGCCCAUCAUGGGUGAAUCGGCCGCCGCAACCGCAUCCCUUUUCCAAAGGCGGAGGCGGGGGCGAGGUGGUCGGGUCACUUUUCCCGGAGGCCUAAAGGGCAGCGCGCGUUUUCUCUCCUUUGGGCCGCCCUUCCCCGCCCCGCCAGCUCCCCCGUUCCCCGCGGCGCCCGGCCCCUGGCUGCGCAGACCCCUCUUCAGCCUGAAGCUGUCCGACACAGAGGACGUCUUUCCUCGCCGCGCGGGGCCGCUUGAGGUCCCGGCCGACAGCCGCGUGUUCGUGCAGGCGGCCUUGGCCCGUCCCUCCCCGCGCUGGGGCCUGGCCCUGCACCGCUGCUCAGUGACGCCGUCCUCACGCCCGUCCCCGGGGCCCGCCCUGGCUCUGCUGCGUGAGGGCUGCCCCGCCGACACCUCUGUCGCCUUCCCGCCACCGCCGCCGCCGAGCCCGGGUGCCACCCGCCCCGCGCGUUUCAGCUUCCGCCUGCGCCCGGUCUUCAACGCCUCGGUGCAGUUCCUGCACUGCCAGCUGAGCCGCUGCCGCCGCCUCCGGGGAGUCCGCCGGGCGCCUGCGCCUCUGACGCCGCCGCCGCCAUCGCGGUGUCUGCCUCAGGACGAGGCGUGCGCCGACACUGGCAGUGGCAGCGCCGAGGGCCUGGCUGCUGACGGCCCCCACCUGCACACGCUGACGCAGCCUAUCGUGGUCACCGUGCCGCGGCCGCCCCCCAGGCCGCCCAAGAGUGUCCCCGGCCGCGCCGUGCGCCCUGAGCCUCCCGCGCCGGCCCCCGCGGCCCUGGAACCCGCGCCGGUGGUGGCGCUGGUGUUGGCAGCCUUCGUGCUGGGCGCCGCGCUGGCCGCCGGGCUGGGCCUCGUCUGUGCGCACUCAGCGCCCCACGCCCCUGGCCCGCCCGCGAGAGCCUCGCCCAGCGGUCCCCAGCCCAGGAGGUCCCAGUGAGGAAGGCAGGAGUGCAAUGGCGCGAUCUCGGCUCGGCGCGAUCUCGGCUCACCGCAACCUCUGCCUCCCGGGUUCAAGCGAUUCUCCUGCCUCAGCCUCCUGAGUAGCUGGGAUUACAGGCAUGCGCCACCAUACCCGGCUGAUUUUCUAUUUUUAGUAGAGACGGGGUUUCUCCAUGUUGGUCAGGCUGGUCUCGCACACCCGACCUCAGGUGAUCCUACCGCUUCGGUCUCCCAAAGUGCUGAGAUUACAGGCGUGAGCCACUGCGCCCAGCCUCCAGGCACUGUUGUAAAUGUUUUACGCCUAUGAACUAGCUUAAUCCCCUUAACCUCCAGGCGGACACUAUUAUAAUCCCCAUUUUAGAGACGAGAAUGAUGAGGCAUUCUCUGAAUUAAGUAACUUGUCAAAAGUCACAAUACUGGGUGGAGCUUGGAUUCGAACUCAGGCAGUGGGUCACCCGCGGCAGGCGCGGGCUUUGGGUCGAGCCAGGGGCAUUAGGUGAGGAGAGGCAUUAGGCGAGGAGAACUCAGCAUUCAGACCCGGCUCCCACUCUCACCCCGGCAUGCAGACCGAUGGAAGAGGCUAGUGGUCUGCUGGGAAGGGAGGUGGCCCGCGUAGCGUCCCCUCCCUCGCUGAGCCUCAGCCACCCCUCCCAGGGAUGGUGCGCCCCCAACGUGGUCGGGAGAUACACCCAGCUACCAAUUCGGGACCAGGACCAAGAGGACCGGACCCGCCUCCCUGGACCUCGGACCUGAUGGGGCCACGACCCCUGCGCUUCUCUCCUCCGCCUGUCCCUCCCACCUGUGCUCAAAAUAAACCUCUGGACUGACUGGCUAA